UUUUGGGUAAUCGAUACUCAAGAUUUGAUUUACAAUAACAUUUCCGUCUGCGUAUGGGCGUUUCAAGUUGCUGCAAACAACUCGAUUUUAUUGAAAAUUUGCUACAAAGGAGAUGUAUGUCAACUCAUUUCGAACCAGACGAAGCUUUGUUUCUGUCCUUCACAAUCGGGGGGUGAUGAUUCCAGCAAGAAUCAUGUGAAGCCAUCUUGGAUGAAAUACCGAUCAUUUGCAUUGGCUGGAACUGUUGUCGGACUGUGUGGAGUAUGCCUCAACAUAGCGGCAAUGCUCUUUAUAAUCUACGGUUCCAAUGAGUCGUCGGUGUCGUACAGGAUGAUAUGUUUACCAUGGUCAUCGGAUCUUGCGUGUGGCUUUUCUUCGGUCUUUGUUGUGUACAGCUCAGCAGCAUGGAUCUUAACCAUCGUUUUCAUAGCUUUCAUCUGCAACAUCCUGUCUGGUCAGCUUGCCCAGUUGACCUACGACUUUACAGAGACGUUUGGAGGUGUUACAAACUUUGAGGCAAAGCUUCUAGACACAUUUCGGCGAAAUUUCAAUAUUCUUCGCAGAUCAGUAGAGCUUGCAGAUGACAUGUUGUCACCGCUCAUCGCUUUCGCAUAUUGCACGCAUAUCCCUGGUAUGAUAUUUCUUUUGUAUCAGGUUGUAUCAGGUGGAACUGGGAUAUCUUAUACCUUAAUUGCGUCUUUCUGGAUUAUGGGGUCCUCCGUGAACCUAGCUAUCAUAUCCUACUUCGCUGUUACUGUGCACGAAAAGGCCCAUUCUCUUCGCAGACAUGUACACGACCUACAGACGGAGACAUUCGAUCCAGAAAUAGCUCAGAUUCAGAUGUUGUUUUUGGCUCGCCUGGAUGGACCAGAAAUCGGAAUGACAGCUCUUGGUUGCUUUGUCAUCACUAAGGAACGAGUUUUAGCGGUAAUCAGCACACUCAUCACCUAUUUCACAAUCCUCCUACAGUUUAAGGGUCUAUGCUCAGAUGACGUCAAUGCCAUGGCAACGGCAAACGUUUCGACCACUACAGAUAUCUACACGACCUGAGUGAAGCUGAAUGAAUGAUGGUUCGGUCUGUCAAAGUACGUAUAGGCCUACACUGCACAGAGUAAACUAUUUGGGGGCAAGUCCAAGUUCGAGUCUGUCUAGAAUACACACACGUUAGACUAGAUCGUCGUCCUUGGGUCCGUCAUCGUCGUCUAUCUGACUAACUCAUCGUCUCUCUAAAAAUUGUAGAAUCGGCUACAUACUAUUUUAAAGACUGCUUCAUCUGUUUACUAAUUUAAGAAACGUCUGAAGUCCCAUUUAUUUUGUUAGGGGACAUUGGAUUGUAUUGACUCACUUGAUCUUUUUGAAAGGAAAUGUUAUUGUGUUAGUGGCCCAAACAUAUCAUAUGAAACAAUGUGUGCAGCGCAUAUUAACUGCAAGGAACAGGCGCUAUAAUUGUCAAAUACCUGUUCGAUUGUAUUGCAUUACGGUACCGACCACCUCCGAUUAUUACGAUGCCUGUAUCGAGCUGCAUAGCCCUACCGGAGCUUGAAUCAGACAAAACAUCAAAUAAAUCUACAUUAAUUGUAAAAAUUUAAGUUCACGAUUCCUCAAUACUACUCAACAAUACUUGGUAUAAUGGACCUGCCCUGUUAUUAUCAGUGGACCUUCGCAUCUGGCAGA